AUGAAUUAUCGUAAGACCAUGCAAGGUUUAUUCUAUAUGGAUGAAGGCUACACCCAGCCACUAAGACUAGCUUCCAAUGCAGUACAACCACUAUCGCCUGCAAAAUUUUUACGUCUCUUUAGAACUGUAGCACGAACAAUAUUAGCAAAUAACAUUUUCCGUGAGUUGAAUACCAAGAAAAGACCAAACCUCAAUGCACUGAAGGCCAAGUCUUUCAAGAGUAAUAUUCUAAGAGGUUUCUUUGCUGAAAUAGACACAUUAGGAAAUAAAGGGCGCCAAGACUAUGUUAAACAAAAUUUCGAUGCCAUUACUCAAUCCAUCAAAGAUUGUACCUCUAAAGCUGCUCCAUCUGCUGAAACCGAUAAAUCCUCUGAAAGAUAUUGA